UGCGCAGCAUACUACAGCGCACACGCGUUCCGUUGUGUUAUGUUUGUCGAAAUCGCCCCACGCUUCGUCAAUAAUGUCUUUACUUUCUUCGACGGACCCAUUUGAACCGUACGAGAAAGCCACGGUGGUUUCGCCAGCCACCGGCAUCGAUUGUGCGCAACGAGAUGGCUUCGAAGACUUCAUUCAGACUGGACAGCCACCCGAUGUGCACAUGGUGGUGUCUCCGCUCAUCGUAUGCGACGGGGUCACGACGUCAUCUAACGACGACGACUGCGUCGAGGAUGGCUCCGAUCCUCGGGAAAACCCUUCUCUUACCACCAGUAACAUAAGCUUCCGUGUGGGCGACCGCUUCGCGAGUUUCGUAGAGCUCGAAAAGGCCGUCGCCGCCUACAGCUCGUGCAAUUCUGUGCAACUGUGGAAAAGAGACGCGCGCACCAUCGACGCGGCCAGGAAGAGAGUCGGCAACAUCGCCAGCAAGAUGGGUGAGCACCUGAAGUAUCAGAGCCUCAAAUACUGCUGCAUUCACGGGGGAAAGAAAUUCACCUCGACCGCUACUGGGCGAUCGUCCUCGACCUUCAAGCAUGACUGCGGGUUCCACAUCUAUGUUGUUGCCACCAAAGACGGAGCCAACCUGGAGGUCCGAAGUGUGUGUCUCCAACACACUAAUCACACUGUGUCGAAGCCUCUUUCUAAGCAUACACCUCAAAGGCGGAAGGUUGGCCCUGGUUUCAAGCACAGGUUAUUAGCGCAGGACAUUCCAAGCACGAAAGUGCCUCUGUCAAAAAAGAAUAAAAAGCCAGAACCCCUGCCCAUUGACAGAGAAAAAAGUGAGCUGCUCCUGUCAAGCCAUCGAAAGCACCAUCGUAAGCCAGAGCAUUAUGAUGGUGCUUCUGAUGGCUUGACAAGGUCAGAGACUCUGCCCAAUGACAAUGUAAAAGCCCAAGCACCUGCCUCUGUGAGGCUGGCGCCUGUGCCCACUGACAGUGCGAAAGGUGAGCCAAUCCCAUCAAGUCAUCAGAAGUACCAUCAGGAGAUUGAACCUCUGCCUAUUGACAAUGUUGAGGAUGAGCCAAUUCUAUCAAGCCGUCAAAAGCAUGAAAAAGCUGCAGCAGUUGCUGGCAAGAUUGCCAGGAUGAUUUCUGAAGUCUCGAUGCCAAAGUUUAGACGAAGAUUGCAAGUUCUGGAGGCACUUUUGAGAGACUGGUCUAGCGAUGAGGAUGUGAGCAUUGUAGUAAAGGAGCAAGUGGCAGCAGGUGGCGGGGAGAAGGAUAACCAGUACAUCACAUCUCCGUGCUUCAAACCUGCAAAUGUUUCAGAAGUACCAGGCAAGAGCAAUUCUGACACCUUCACUUUGCCAGCAGAUGAAGCUGCUGCCCACCUGUCAUGUGUCACAACUGUUGUGCCAGUCGUAAGUGGGCAGAACAUCAUCCCCCCUACUGUUUUACCAAUGAAAACCUCCGAACCUCUCACCUGUUUCAAUGCUAAUGAGGCAAAUACACCAUCCUCUGAUGCCGUCAAGGAGAUCGAGAUUGCUCCUUGUAUGAGCAACAUCAAGCACCCCAAGGAAAGUAAUGUAACCAUGGUUCCCACAAAAAGAAAACGUUUUCCAGACUGCGGGCCCUUCAGGUCUCGCACUUCUGAGGAAAAGAAAUCUACAGUCCUAACGUGGCUAGUGGGCGAGGCUGCCACUGCUGGUGCCCUGAAUGGUAGGGUCCUCGAAAAAGAGGACGUUGAAACAAAGCCGGAGUUGCUGCACUGCGGUGUUUUGGACGACAGCGUGGAUGUUAACAUUGUAAGAAGGUUCUUCACCAGCGAUGCUUGGAUUGCUGUGACGAGUGUGGUGAACGCGAAACGCUCGGUGCAUCAGUGGGAAUGUGAGGAGUGUCGCGGAGACCUGAAAGAGUUCGACUCGAUUUUGUGCGACUGGUGCCUCGGCUGGUAUCACAUCCCAUGCACACCAUUAAAGAGGCGGCCAAAGAAGAAACUCUGGCAGUGUUCUUAUUGCAUGUGACUUUGUAAGAUAUGUAAUUUGCUUGUGAAUAUUGCACAAAGCUAGCAUCGUUUGUUUUUACUUUUAGAACAUAUGAAAUAAGUUUUUGGGCACAG